UCCUUCGUGGUGGUGCUGGUGGGCUACCACCUGGAGUGGUUCCUCCGCGGGGACCCCCCGCCCGCGGCCGAGGAGGAGAAGAGCAUCUCGGAGCAGCGGGAGGACCGCAAGCUGCAGGAGAUCGCGGGCAAGGACCUGACCAAGGUGGUGAGCCUGAAGGACAAGCUGGAGUUCGCCCCUCGGGCCGUGCUGAACAGGAACCGCCCGGAAAAGAGUUAAUGAAGUUGUUUGGGCAAACGCGGUGCCCUGGAGCGACUGUUCCCGGGGCUGGGGCCGGCUGCCCGAGGGCUGUGUCCCGCAGCACCACGCCGGGGGCUCCCUGGCACCCUGUCACCUGCACAUCUUCCACCAGCCUGCCUCCUGCGCCGGGCCGUACCUGGGCAAUACGCUGUGCCCACUGCUGCUCUUCACCCUCCCGGGGCCCUCCGGAGGGUCAGGGUUUACCCAACCCGUGGAUGUACUCAAGACACAGCGCCCAGACCUCCCCUGUGGCAGAGCGGGCAGGGAGCCAUGCUUUGGAGGUGGAACGUGUCUGAAACUCAUCAGCUCUCGGUCUGUCCCGGCCCCUGAACCACGAAACCCUCUUGGCCUGGUUCCACCCGCGUCUCUUUAGGUCUGGUUUCUUCCAUGGCGCGAAGAUAGAAGAAACUUGCACCUGAGUGACCUGGGGUUGGGGUCAGGCUAAGCACCUGCGGCAGGAGGACCUGCCGUCCUGCUUACAGCUCUCCCGUGGCUCUUUGCGAACCCCGACCACAGCACCACACUACCACGGUACACCCACGGGAGCCUGAGCAGUGGUGGCGAUCUUUGGGGAACCCCUCUCUGCAUCAUCCCCAGGCUUCGCAGCAAGGAAGGGGGACAGGGGGAGGUGGAAGUCCUGGCCCUGCUUCCGUCCUGGAGCUCCAAGCAUGGCAGUGGCUUUGGGCUGGCGUGUAGAGAACGGGGAGAUCUCUGCCCUGUACGGGAACAGCCAGAAUAAACUUCUGUCAGUCCUUGG